AUGUCCGGGGGUAGGGCUGAGUUGGCCUGCAAUGUGAGCCUACAGUCGGCCGACGACGCCAUUACACUCAUACUGUGGUAUAGGGCCGACACGUCCGGUGUGCCCAUCUAUACGGUGGACGCCCGACACGGCCCACUCGAGCAGGCCGUCCACACGCCCAUGUCGUCGGUGUUCGGCGCCGGUAGGGCUCUGUUUGACCUGUCCGUCCGGCCGGCUAUACUCCGAUUGGAGCCCGUGCUCGAUGAUGACGGCAUGGAGUACCGGUGCCGCGUGGACUACCGCUGGGGUCGGACUAUGAGCACCUUUAUCACGCUUAUUGUGAUUGGCAAACCGGCGCCGUAUGUCCACUGGUAUAGGGAUAACGAGCUCAUCGACGACACCUACACCUACGGCACCGGCAAUAAUACCGCCCACAACGAGCUCUAUAUCAAUAAACUGACCAGGACCGGUCACCAUCGAUAUUAA